AUGGAGCGACUCAGGGAUUCUGCAGUCCGCCCUUUCAAGACUACACUUGUCUCCCCUGGCUCCUUUCUCUUCUCCAACCCUGUGAAGCCAUCCGUCACAUCACAACCCCUCAGAAUGGAUAAAUCCCAACAACCCAGCUCCUUUCAGCAGCUGGAAAAGCUCGGUGAAGGCACUUAUGCCACUGUUUUCAAAGGGCGCAAUCGCCAGACUGGCGAGAUGGUUGCGCUGAAGGAAAUUCACCUCGACUCAGAAGAAGGAACACCAUCCACCGCUAUUCGUGAGAUCUCAUUGAUGAAAGAGCUGAAGCAUGAGAGUAUUGUGUCGCUCUACGAUGUCAUUCACACUGAGAAUAAGCUGAUGCUGGUGUUCGAAUUCAUGGACCGAGAUCUGAAGAGAUACAUGGACACCCGAGGUGAUCGGGGUCAAUUGGAUCCAGUCACCAUCAAGUCUUUCAUGCACCAGUUGCUGAAGGGUAUUGCUUUCUGCCACGAGAACCGGGUCCUCCACCGAGACUUGAAACCACAGAAUCUGCUCAUUAACAAGAAGGGUCAGUUGAAGCUGGGAGAUUUUGGCUUGGCUCGGGCCUUUGGUAUUCCGGUCAACACCUUCUCGAAUGAGGUUGUCACUCUGUGGUACCGGGCACCCGACGUUCUCUUGGGCAGCCGCACCUACAACACCAGCAUUGACAUUUGGUCAGCCGGUUGCAUCAUGGCCGAGAUGUACACGGGCCGUCCACUCUUCCCGGGCACCACAAAUGAAGACCAAUUGUUGAAGAUUUUCCGGUUGAUGGGAACGCCAUCUGAAAGGUCGUGGCCCGGCAUCUCCCAGCUGCCGGAGUACAAGCCCACUUUCCACAUCUAUGCGACACAGGACCUUGGCUUGAUCCUGCCUCAAAUCGAUCAGAUGGGUUUGGAUCUCUUGAUGCGCAUGCUUCAGCUGCGUCCGGAGAUGCGCAUCAGUGCUAGUGAUGCUCUGCAGCACCCGUGGUUCCAAGAUUUGACCCAGCUCCAGGCGGCUCAACAUCAGCAGCAACAGCAGCAACAACAACAACAACAGAUAGCUGGUUAUGGGGGCAUGGUCCCGCCUCAGUCUGCCUACUAA